UUCACUUUUCUUGCUUUACUCUCUCCCAAGUCCCAACAACCAAAAUUCCCAAUUUUUCAAACCCUAACACUUUCUUCUCUGUGUAAAUCCUUCUUCUUUAAUGGAGAAUCUCAACAAUCUCCCAACAGAAAUUCUACUAGACAUCAUCACUCGUUUACCAGCUGAUUCGAUUUUAGAUUGCAAAUUAGUUUGCAGAUCAUGGAUGAAUUUUGUUUCUCAUCAUCCGUCAUUCUAUCAAAUGUAUUUAUCUCAUCUUAAUCAAUCAGCUAAUUCUGGUAAGACCCCUUUUCUUGUUAAAUCUAAGAAUCAAGAACUUCAUUAUUUUGAGUAUAACGAGAAUCAUGAUGAAACACUUAAUCAUAGAACUAGAAGGUUCAAUUUAACCCUUCCAUAUACAUCUGAUUGUAUCGUUAUUGGUUCGAUUAAUGGGUUAGUCUGUCUCUAUAAAGCUGAUCAUACUCCUGUAAUUUGUAAUCCCCUGACAAGAAAAUAUGUUGUUCUUCCAAAAUGUAAGAGACGGUCUGGUGAAUCUGGUGAUAAGUAUAUUCAUAUUUCGAGUGGAUUUGGUUAUCUUCCUUUGACCAACGAGUAUAAAAUUGUUGUACUGAAUGCAUCAGAUGGAGAAAUUGAUUUUACAGAUGUUGUGGUAUACACUCUUGGCAGUGGCAAUGGGUGGAGAAAUGUUGGGAGGUUGGAGUUUCCGUCUCACAAUCGAUUAUGUUAUAAUGAAACUGGUGUUUACGCAAACGGAGCUCUUCAUUGGAAGGAAAAUGAUGAAAACGGAAGGGUUAUGGUUUUCGAUUUGACUGAGGAAAAGUUUGGUGAACUUCUUGCACCACCUCCUGUGCAACCAGAUGGUAUACGGCUUAACUAUGUUAUCGGUGAGUUGGGCGGGGUUUUGUAUUAUUCCAUCUAUUACUUCAGUGGAGGCAUACGUUCUGAUAUAUGGCUACUGAAAGUGAAGAAGGAUAUUCGUGACAUGAAAGAGCAGGUGGAACAUGAGUCAUUGGGUUGGAGUAAAGCGUUUACUCUUCCUGGAAAAGAACCAUUAGCCUUUACCAAGAAUGGUGGUCUGUUAUGUUACGCUUAUAGCUCUCUCAACAUUUAUGAUGCAACAACUUCAACCUCAAAAAAGCUUGUGGAUUUUGGUGCAUUUAGUCAAAUAUACUCUCACAAGAACACCUUAGUUUCCGUGAAAGAAUUCGGAGAAGAAGAUAUAAAAGUAAUGGAGUCAGCUGAAACUGAGGAGACAAAAACCCGUGAUUUGUAGACAAAGCAGCUAGCAAGAUGAGAUCCCUGGAUACACUUAUUAACUGCAUUCCUGGUCAUACUGUUUCAUUCUGGAAAGAGCUUGAUUCAUCGAAGUAGAUGUGGAAGAAGAGGCUGGAGCUGCAGGUUGAGGAAGCCAGUGUUGCUGCUAUCUGAUAUGUAUAUGCUGGUUGUGAUUGCGAGAUUGCAGAAAGGGGAUUCACUUUAACUGGUUAUCAUGUCUGAUAAACCCACCUUACCAGUUACCACGCACAGUACUUCAAAAGGAUUUUGCGGAUCCUCAGUUGUAUCCAGUUUUCACACUGUUUAACUCUAGGUCAGUCGGAUUCCGAUUUGCGGAUCCUCAGUUGCAUCCAGUUUUCACACUGUUUAAGUCUAGGUCAGUCGGAUUCCAAUUUGCAUCAUUUUGAAAGGAUAUGUGUGGUUCCCAUGUCGUAGCGUCUGUCCUUCGUCUUGACUUAUUUAGUUUCAAGUUGUGUCGCACCUUCUAUUGUGCCUGCCGUUCUAAGUUUGUCUGCAAAUAAUCAUGAAAAGGUCUAUUUCCAAUGUGUUUAUGAAAACUUUAUGCUAUUACCCCCUGAAGCAUCUCUUUGAAUUGUAUCCGGAAGCACAUAAUCUGUGUCCUUUUUCACUUGUCGAUAAGACUGGAAGUUAUAACCAAAUUAUUAAAAGUUUCUGUUUCA